CAGAAAAUAAGACAACAAAAAUAAUGACGUACAGCUGUGGCAAGCUAGAGAGACAGCAACAUCUGUAACAUCUGUGGAAUGCAAUUGGAAGAUUUAAAAAAUGGAGUUUUCCGAAAGAAAAAGGAGCAGGAAAUCGCAAAGCUUUAAACUGGUCAAGGAAGAUUUAGAGGCAGGAUACUUUGAUUGUAAUACCAGUGCUGAUAUCAAUGGGGAAGCUAACAACACAAGAGCAGCUACAGUUUGGCUAGGUGACAAAGAUGUGGAGAUUAAAAACCAGAUCACUGGAAUGAUGAGACUCCUAAAUGACAAAGCAGGCAGAAUGUAUCAGAGGGUGGGAAAAGAGGGUGAGAACUUGAAACAGGAACCUCAGGAAGUCGACUUGAGGUGGGACCAGCACAUUGCCAUCUCUCCAUCUGCCAGCCAGGAGGACCUCCAGCACAGCUCUUGGAAUGAAGAACUCGCAGCAAGACCCCAGGUUUCUGGGCAAUAUGGCACCCGAUCUAAAACCUUAAAAAUGAUCAACAAAAUGAAAAACACAGUGAAGACGAAUGGAGAGAUACCAAUCACAAACAACCCUGCUGGGCCAAACUGUUGUAUGUGUAACUGUAAGACCACCAUGCAGGCUAUCUUACAGGAGCUCAGAGCCAUGAGGAAGUUAAUGCAGACACAAAAAGGAGCUCAGUCAAAGCAGCGUGCUCAGAUGAAUGUAAGUGCACAGCGUUCGCCGAUGCCACGCAAGAGGAAUAGGAAAAGGAAACCUGCCCAAAAGGUUGCUGCACCGGCAGCUCACAGCAAGAAGUUGUGUAGUCAGCCAGGCAGCACAACAGAGCAAUGUGGAAAGAGGAACAGGCCAGCCAGGGAGCGACCAGGCCCUACACAGCCCACUCCAGCUUCAACCAUAGACACCCAUGUUCCGGAGUACUGUCUUAUCCGAGAAAUGCCUUCCUCAGAACCUGAAGUCCAGCUUGCAGAGGGUUAUGAAGUGUACAUACCCAGAACCCAGCUGGACUCUAUCUUGGUGAAUUACACACGCUCUGGGAGCUUACUGUUCAGGAAGCUGGUGUGUGCAUUCUUUGAUGACACAACUCUGGCCAAUUCCCUUCCCAAUGGAAAAAGAAAGAGGGGGUUAAAUGAUAACAGAAAGGGACUCGAUCAGAAUAUUGUGGGAGCAAUAAAAGUCUUCACAGAGAAAUAUUGCACUGCUAAUAGAAUUGACAAGCUUCCCGGUCCAAGAGAUUGGGUACAGAUUCUCCAGGAUCAAAUUAAACUGGCCAGGAGAAGAUUAAAACGGGGAACUGGUGAGGCUAUUGUUUGUAAUGAAGAAAUGGAUGGAUGCUCUGCACUGCAGUCAGGUAGAGCUUUUGAGAAGAGCACAUGCCAUGUGUGGGUUGAUGCUGAUAAGGACUGCACAGCAUAAAAAAAAGUUUUGUUUGCAGUACUUUUGCGUUUUGUGGUAAAUCCAAAUUGAUCUACUUAUCCAGUUUGUCACGUUCAAAUGAAAUUGUUUAGAGCUCGUAGUUGUCUUCUCGUGAGACAUAUUAGUUUUGUGACAGUUGUGAAGUAAUAAAACAUACUAAGACUGCAAAGUGACUAACUUGCUUUACAACUAUGUACACUGCCUGUGUUAAGCAAAAAGUGAGAAUACAGCUUUUAGUUGAAUGCAGUAACCCUAAGCCCUUUGUUUUGUUCAUGUGACUCAUCAGUCCAGUCUGGGAUGCCUUUAGUAAAGGAAUUCUCUGCUGUAGUGCGGAGGGGACUUCAAGCGUUACGUCUAUCACAACAAACUCAUUAUUUCCUUUACAAAUGUUUACCAUAGUAAAAUGUGCAGUGGUUUUGCAGUUCACCAUGGUUUCUUUUUUCAUAAUGCUUUUUUACACAUCUCUAUGUCUUUACUAAAAUGUGUUAUUCCACAGUAUACUGCAGUAAACUUUUAUUGGGUUUUUUAUGAAAUCGUUAUUUAUGAAGAUGUGCCCCAGGCUGUUUUCUGUCAGCUCAACAGAGCUGUAGCCAGUAAAUAUCCACCAAGUCCAGUUUAAUGUUUAGUUUUUACUCAUAUUGAGAGUGAUGAUAAAUAAUGAUAAAAACAUAUUACAUUCUGGGUGUAUGUGGAGGAAACAUUCUCAUGGUGGUACCAAGUAAAAACAUUUGAAAAAGGAAAAAAGGAAAAUACAGUCUUGGCUUGCCUACCAGUGGAAUUGACAGACAAAGUAAAGGUAGGCAAAUCAAGUGGUACUUUAGAAGAAGAACUGCUUCCCUUAAAGAAGCCCUAAAAUGACAUGUUGAGGAUUCACUGAAGUGAUGUUAUAUUGUAAUAUUUGUAUUUAGUAGAUUGGUGUAGAUAAUAAUAUUGAUCAAAUAGGAUUUUCUUAAAACAUCACUCCAUUUCUUCCAUACAAUUUGUAAAUAUUUUAGUUCAA